CAUAAUCCUCCUGAUCUCCACUUAACUCUUAACUGUUAUUUAUUUAUUAUUAUUGUCUACAUGUAUUUAUUGUUACUUUCAGAAGACAAGAACCAUCAUCACCCAUCUUUUGCACCUUCCUCAGGAUAGAGCAUUGUGCCUUGCAUAUAAGUGACUUUGACCUCUGGCCUCCUGGGGUGGAAAGCAGUCACUUUGCCCCUGAAUCAUCCCAGUCCUAGGUGAGAUCACCACCAGCCCACAGCAUGGGUUAGCAGAUCAAGGGCCUGACAGUGCAGCUCCUGGACUUCAACCCAGAGGUUGAGGCAAAGCUGUGACAAGAAGGUUGAGAUGGCUGAAGGACAACUCAGAAACUGUCAACGACACAGGUCUGCUGUUUGAGCAAUUUGAGCUGGACAGGGCAAAAAAGUGACACCACUGAAUUACGGUGAGCUCACUCUGGGCAAAAUCUUGGGGUUCCCCUCAAUCACUGGGGAGUCCUAUGCACCUGCCAGUCUAGCCAGUUGUUCUUGAAAUGCUCACCACUUGGGGAGGGAGCAGGGAGAGAAUGUGUAGAUGACUAUAUGCAGAGGGUAGCCUUCACAGGAAAAAUGAAUCAAGAUUGUUUCAAAGGUGAACUAUCAGAACUCCUUUUGCUGGUAAAAAAACAAAACAAAACAAAACAAAAACUAGCACCCUUACAAACAAAAUCUGACAAAUAUAUUUAUUAGUCCUAGAUAUUUGCCAACCCUUUUCAAUUUAUAAAGUGUAAGGAAGUCUGCCCUUGUUAGGAAAUCGAAUUCAUAAGAACAGAAUUUCUCAAGAUCAGUACUAUCUACAUUCUGGUCUAGAUAAUUCUUCAUUGUGGGAGCCAUUUGGGGCCAUGUCCAAUGUUUAGCAGCAUUCCUGGCCUCUACCCCCUAGAUGCCAGUAGCACCUCCCAGUUAUGACAACCAGAAAUGACUGCCCAGGACAAAACUGCCUCCUGGCUACGAAACACUGAUUGGACUGUGGCCUUGAGCAACCUACUUUCCUCUCCACACCUUAGUCUCUUCAUCACUAGGGUGAUUCUUGAGGAUGUAGAGUUCAGAGUAAUGGAGUAACAAUCCUGCAGAUCUUAGGCUUGGGGAACAAUGAAACCAUGACAAGGAUGUCAGAACAGAAAAAGCAGCCCUGUGGACCAGUACCUCUGGGGUGGGACUUCACAGGCCAGAGCAGUAGGACUGCAGUUUGGGCCCAUCACACAGGGGCUUUGUGAAGAUGGAUUUUAAGUCAGGUGUUAGAGGGGACUCUAGAUUGGCAGAGCAGGGAUUGGAGGUCACUUCCCAUACCCAGUUACCCAUUUAUAUAGUUUAAAGGUUAAAAGGCACUUUCAUGCUGACCAUCUCAUUUUAUUCUUGCAGUUUCAUGAGGUAAAGAAGGCAUUAAUCCCAUUUUAUAGAAAAGGAAACAAACUCAGUAGGUUAUCUGAUAUUAAGUCCUGACUCCUUCCUCUACAAUGUGCUGCUCCAUUUCUGCAAUCUGUGUGCAAGCGUGAGUGGGGGUGAGUGGGUAGUGAAUGAAGGAGACUGAGAAACAUGAAAAGCCCCUUCUUCUCAAGGAAGCUGUAGCCUUAAGCAAAUAGGGAAGAGGUGACCUGCUUUGAGGUGGGGACCGCAAAGUUGUAGGCUUCCUCAGAACAAAGACUUGGGGCCAUGUCCAAUGUUUAGCAGCAUUCCUGGCCUCUACCCCCUAGAUGCCAGUAGCACCUUCCAGUUUUGACAACCAGAAAUGACUGCCCAGGACAGUCAUUGCUAACAAAGCAUUUUGUUCCUCAGAAACGUGAUAGUGUGUUUCCUUCUUGCCUUUCCGUGGGAGCAGGACCUGUGCACCAGAGAAAACAUCAAAGACAGCCCCAGGACUCAGAGACUUGUUGCAGGAGGCUGGAACUCAGUGUCCUGAUGACACCAGAGAGGAGGGAACCACAAAACAAGGCCUUUUUCCUCCCACCCAUCCAACCCCCUCAGCACAGGGGCUCCUCGAGCUCAGGGGACACUCCCUCCUCUCAGACUCCCUCUAUCCAGAAACCUUUCUAGCCCCUUCUCACCUCUGAGCUGUCCUUGGCCUCAGGCAGGAAGAAUCCUGCCCCUGCCCACCUGGUCUGCGCACUAGUCUUUCCUCUGGAGCAGUCAGAGGGUUGGAGAUCAGCCUGUCCCUUCUGUCCACUUUGUGUUUUCACCAGAGGGUUGAUCUGGGCCAGCGACACUCAGGAAUAGUCUCUCACCAAGGACCAACUGGACCUCUGGUUCUGUAAGUGUUAUAGCUCAUGGGCUGGGUAAGGCCGAGAGCCUGGGGUGGGCCAAAGGAGGAGGAGGAGAAGCCAAAGAUGGCUGCCCAGCUGGGUGACCUUGGGCAAGAGUCUUCUCUCUCUAGGCCAUGAGGACUUAGGCUGGAUGACCUCUGAGGCACAGUGCAGCUCUUAGGGUGUAGGGGAAGGCACACAGGGAAGGCUGGGGGAACACUGGAGGCUCUGGGUGGGGGCAGCCAGCCCCUCCGGGGCCACGUCUGUCUUCAACCACCCUAACUCUACCUGCAGGAGGAAUGGCACCCCUUGUGGCCGGACUUCUGUUCCUGCAGCUUGUUCUAGGGCCGGCUCUGGCCAUGGACAUCAGGCUGCAGGCUGCCAUCAAGAACUUCCGUGACUUACACAUCGACUAUCCCAAGGUUAACUUUCCAGACGGUUUCCAGGGCUACUGUAAUGGCCUCAUGGCCUAUGUGCGGGGCAGAAGGGAAAACUUGUAUUGCCCAAAUAUCCACUAUGUGGUACAUGCCGCCUGGAGAGCUGUCCUGAAGUUCUGCAAAUACAGUGAGAGCUUCUGUGAGAAUUACAACGAAUACUGUACACUCACCCAGGACUCCUUCCCCCUCACGAUCUGCUCUCUGAGCCACAAACAGCCUCCCACGAGCUGCUGCUACAAUGGCACCCUAACCAACCAAAGGCUCUACCUGCUCUGUUCCAGAAAGUAUGAUGCUGAGCCGAUAGAUAUCAUUGGCCUCUCCUAGGCAAAGAGGCUUUCGGGCCAAACCACUCCCUCCUGCCACCACAGACUAGCUGUCCCCAGUCCCCAAACUCCAAUUCCAGGCUUCCUCCCUGGCUUCAGAGGCAGUCAGGGUCCCCCAAAAAAGACUAUGCAGACCAUACUGUCUCCUAGGCACUUUCUUACUUUACUUCCUGCCCCCCAUCAGCCUUUUUCUCCCCCAGACAGUGUCACCCACCCAAGAAGCUGAUUCUGUCCAGUUGGCAGUGACUGUCCAUCCACAGGGCCGGAUCCUGAAUCCUGGAUGGAGUUCCAGAGCCUCAGCACACAUCAUGGCAACGGGCACCCAGCUGCAUGUCUCAACACCCACCACCAUUCUCUUCUCAGUCUUCCCCAUUUCACAUAUGACUCCCUCCACUCACUCACCCCCAUGGCGGGCAUCUCCAGCUACAGGAACCUCCCCGAGGCCCUCAGACUCACCUCUGUCUCACUUCCCCAGACCCCUGCUCCAUUCCCAGGCUGCUCCUCUAUGAAAUCAUUCCUGUCUUUUCAUGAAAGCUGUCUUUUUCUCCCUCCAUCCCCCAUCUCCCAUGGGGCCCUGUGCACUGGCUCCCACUCUCUCAACCUCCAUUAGUCACUCUGCCUUCCUUUCUCCAAGUUCUCUUCUGUCCUUCUCACUUUGGUUCACUGAAGUUUCAAGUUAACUUCUGUGACCUAUCCCCACAAGAUUCCUGCAUCCCUUUCCUUCCCAAAGCUCCUUCUGACUUCUCCCAAACUCCAGGAUCUGCAUAUGAGGACACAGGGCUGUGGGGGACCUAGCUGUAGUCACAGAAGGUUUUUUUUUUAAACCACAUCUGAGUUAUGUAAGAUAGAAACAUUAGAUGAAACCAGGUAAAGUGUACCUAGGGCCUCUCUGUACUUUUGCGUCUUCCCUUGAAU